AGUGAUGAUGGGAGUGAAAAUAGGAGUGACGAUGAGAACGAUGAAGGCACGAUAAUGACAACAGGGACGACAACGGCGACGACAACAGGGACGAAAAUGGGGACGACAACAGGGCCGAAAAUGGGGACGACAACAGGGACGACCAUGGGGAUGACAACAGGGACGGCGGUGGGGACGGGGAAGAGGACGGGGACGACAAUACGGACAAUGAUGGAAACUGAAGAAUCAACAUCCUCUUCAGCCUUCUGUAAGACUUUUGAUCAACCUUUGAAAACUUGCAGUGAAGAAAGGAUAAAUGAGUUAUUUAAUUGCUAUGAAAAUGGAAAAAGUACCUCUGAAAAAAUAUAUUUAGACAAUGUUGAGAGUGUAAUUGGCUGCAUAGUCAAAGGGAAGACUCCGAUGUCAAACAUCCAGCAUUUCAGAGGUUCAAUGGCAAAACACCAGCGAAAGAAUUUAACUGAUCAUCAGCGUGGUAUCCCCUCAAUGCAAGGGAAUAAGGAAACAGAUGAUGUUCAUGUGCAAAUUCCUCAAGAAGCCCUCCGUGCAGCCAUUGGGAGCGAUGAUGAAGUUAACUCUGCCAUUAUCUGGUUUAAAGGAGGCCUGUUCCCGGUACACGAGGCAAACAGCUCGCUCCUGAAUGAUCGCGUAUUAGCCAUUGAAUUGGGCAAGGCGGUUUCCGGCCUCACAAGAAGAGUCAACAUCACUUUUUUCCACCAAAAUUCAUCAUUGGAAAAUGCUACAUGUACUUUCUUGGAUAGGGGGAAAGAUGGCUCUAACCCAAUCUGGAACUCAUCGGGAUGUAGCACUGAGCAAGCGGAAGGGAAGAUUGUGUGCUCCUGCGAUCACUUGUCCUUUUUCGCUGUUCUACUGAGUCCAGUCUAUGAAAACGAGGCAGGUAAUGGUACCCAGGUGUCCGGACUGCUGAGCUCCUACUCCAUCUGGCUCCUCACCCUGCUGUCCCGGAUCGGGUGUGGGGUGUCUGUGUGCUGUCUCGCUUUGGUCAUCGCCUUCCAUGCAAUAUACAGGUGGCAUAAUUCUGAGCAUUCUCUCAGUAUCCACAUCCACCUUUGUGUGGCACUGCUGAGCCUGAAUCUUUCCUUCCUCGCCAACGACAGCAUGACCUCCCUAAACAACCACGGAGUCUGUAUCUUCAUCGCGGCGGCAACGCACUACUCCCUCCUCUGCACCAUCACCUGGUUCGCCAUAGAGGGCUUUCACCUCUACUGGCUCGUAAUCCGUGUCUUCAAUGUCUACAUCAAGAGAUACCUGCUCAAGCUGGCUCUGGUGGGCUGGGGGUUACCUGCAGUGGCUGUCAUAUCGAUCCUAAGCUGCGGAAAGUAUGGGAAGUACAACAUUUACCAGCUUGAGGGUGGCGCAGUAACAAUGUGUUACCUGCCUGAAUCGGUACUGCUCAGCAUCACCUUCAGCUUCUUUGCCCUGGUGGUCCUGCUGAACCUGCUGGUGUUCGUGGCAGUGACUGUGCAUGUUGUGCGUGCGCGGAGGCUAAGCCCCGCCCAGCAGGAGCGGCACAUCACCCGGAAGGACAUAUUCAGCCUGAUGGGGGUCUCCUGGCUUCUGGGGCUGUCCUGGGGGGUGCUGCUCUUCCCGGUCAGCCCUCUGAAGGAAGUCAUCUUCUACAUAUUCUGCAUCCUUAACUCCCUCCAUGGUGUCUUUGUGUGCGUGCGCUAUUUCACUCUCCACCGCCGGCCGAAGGAAUCCCCCGGGACCAUGCUGUCAACAGUAACCACCACCACAGACAGGGUCGCAAGUGCCUCCGUCAACAAUAGGGAACGUACCAAAAAUAUAUACAACUGAAAUAUAACUAUCCAGACUUAAAAGUUACUCAAAUGAUAGACUUACUAAGCAAAUCUUCAACUGGAAUUUUUCAAUUAUCCUUGGGUUUGGGAGCUCUCGGCAACAUUUGGGGAGUCUGUACUCCCUCAUAUUCAAGAUUGAAAUUGGUCCCGUUUCACAGACACAGAUUAGGCAUCGUCGUCAGCUGAAUUCAAUUUUGAUUGGAGAGUCUCAAUACAAAAUAUACUUCAGUCCAGGACAAUCUGUGUCUGUCAAACCGACUCAUUUUCCUGCAGCGGUAAUAAGCUUAAAACAAUAUUGUUUCAGAACGAUAGAAAUACAUUGGCAGAAAUUUAAAUUAAGAGCAUUAGGGGCCAGUUUCACACACACUCAUUAAGCCAAGUCCUAGACUGAAUUCAGAUUUUUUUUUUUUAAGAUAUUUUUUAGGCCUUUUUCAGCUUUAUUAUUUGUUACAAGACCAUUGUAAAUCCCUUCCUAUCAUUGAAAAGUCUCACCGACAUGUUGACUCACCCUCUGCCAGUGGUUAUAGUCCUUAAGUUUGGAUUUAAAAUAUGCAGUUGAUGGGCCAACACUCUGUCCCAAAACAUUGUAUAGCUGUACAAUAAUUCAAGAUCAGUGCUACAAAUUGGUUCUAAUUGGCAAAGCCAAUGGCGUUUCAACGUCGGCGCGUUACACAGAGAAGGGGUGGGAUAAACAGUGUUGUGGUUUGAGUGUUUGUUGCUGAAUGAAUGGUAAUUCCAAAUGCUGCCUAGGUUCACACAAUGAGAUGAAACCAGACCACUGAUAUAAAAUUCAUUGUUUUUAUUGUAAAAUCAUUUUCUUUUUUUUUUUCUUGAAUUUGUAAAACUGCAAAAUGUUGUACCACAAACAUUACAGGACACACAUGGCGUUUCAGAACAGAAUUCAUGCAAGGUGGUCUCCACGGCAACAUGCUCAGAGCAGAACUACGGUCAGAUCGUCAGUGCUAUUGGCCAGUUGUGUUUCUGCCUCUACUGGGUUCAGUUCUCAUGCCAUACGGUGCCUCUCACCCUAUAAAAGCUGGAAAAAUAAAACAAAAACAAACAUUUUCCUUCUCCUUGUUCUCCUAUUUUUCUCGGACAAGGUUUCUUUUAUGUCACGGGUAGUAUAAGUGGUGGAGGGGGCCGAUUCCAUAAAUAGCAGUAGCACUGGCACCUUGAAAAUGAAUGUGAUUCGUUGAGGGGAAAUACCAUGAACAAUUAAACAGUUAAACAAAUAAACUGUGAGAAUGGACUUUAUUUUUUCAAUUAUUUUUAUGCUCUCAUAUGGGAUUCUCAAACCAUUUAACAUUUCAGCUUUUUUGAGCGGUGCUUUCAUUGUUCUCAUUUGUAAAACUGCUUAGAAAUUACCAAGACAGAUCCUGUAGGUCAGAGGUCAUACUAAUGACUUGCAUAUGGUAUUCUCAAGAUAACAGUUACAUGUGGAGUCUAUCACUGUAUGCCUUUGGUGAUCAAGUAAGCCUACUGAAAUCAAAAUGUACAUUUCAAGCAGUUCUAACACUUAA